AUGGAUCACCACAACUUGCGUGAGUAUAAUAGUGCAUGUCAUCCCUGGGGAAAAUGGACAUACGGACUGUUUUGGUUCGGCGAAUGCGCCAGCGUUACUAGCUGGACCGUCGCAGCGACGGGUGUCAAGGCUGGUCUAUCGUGGUGGGAAGCCUGGAUUUGUGUCAUCCUCGGACAUUUGAUCGUGGCCUUCUUCAUGACAGCUAUUGGCCGUGGAGGCGCCGUGUACCAUCUUGGGUUUCCGACUCUCGCACGUAGUAGCUUCGGUAUUUUCGGUAGCCUUUGGCCCAUCUUCAAUAGAAAUGCCAUGACUAUUAUCUGGACCGGCGUCCAGGGAGUCACGGCAGGAAACUCCAUCUACGUUAUGCUCCACGCCAUUUUCCCAAGCAUCGCCCAUGUUCCCAACCCGUUCCCUGCAGACGUUACCAUGACGGGCGGUCGGAUGAUUGGCUACGUUAUCGGCUGGCUUCUUACGCUGUUUUGCGCCAUGUUCCAGAUGCACAAGUUCCGCAAGCUCAUUAUGGUCAAGAGUGUUCUGAUGCUCGGAUGUCUCCUUGCCUUCUUCAUCUGGGCAAUCGUGGAGGCAAAGGGAGUUGGCCCUGUCAUCAAGCAACGCGCCCAAAUUCCGGCCGGAGAGUCUCACGCCUGGGUCUUCCUGACGCAGCUGUUUAUCCAAGCUGCCAACUUUGCCACAUUCGCAACGAACAAUUCUGAUCUUACUCGCUAUGCCAGACGCCCCAACGACGCACUAUGGACGCAAAUCAUUGGUAUGCCAGUGGCCUUUGGCGUUGUUGGCUUCUUUGGUAUCUUUGUCACAUCCAGCAGCCAGGUCAUUUUCGGCGAGAUAAACUGGGAUCCUAAUGGUAUCCUCGAUGCCUUCCUAUUAACGGAUUACUCCCCUCGCCGACGCGCCGGUGUCUUCUUUAUUGCCCCGGGAUUCUCUUUCGCACAGGUCACCACUCAAAUUUUCGCCAAUCUCAUCGCCGCUGGCAACGACACAGCUGCACUGCUACCCCGAUAUGUCAACAUUCGCCGUGGCGCUGUCAUCUGCUUGGUGUUAUCAUUUGCCAUCACUCCCUGGAACUUGCUCAAGACAAGCUUCACAUUCACCAGCUACUUGGGCUCUUAUCAAAUUUUCCUGUCGAGCAUCAUUGGUGUCAUUCUUUCCGACUACUUCUGGGUGCGACGUGGAUACCUCAUUGUGUCUAACCUCUUCACAAGGGACCCACAAGGUCUGUACUGGUACCACGGCGGCGUCAACUGGCGGGCGUAUGUUGCCUACAUCAUUGGAAUAAUCCCUUGUCUCCCUGGGUUCUUGUUCCAGGUUGGCGUGAAGAGCAUCCCAUUGGGAGCCAGAAGGCUCUAUGUGUUUGCUCUACCAGUGGGUAUUAUUGUGUCAGCUAUUGCAUACGUCGUAAUAUGCCAUUUCAGCCCGCCUCCCGACAAGUUACUUGAAGGAGGGGAAUAA